AUGAAAGAGGAAGUAAUCGAAAGGUACAAAGAAUUCAUUGGGGACAAUAUGCUUUUCCAAAUCCUCUUGGGAAACAAAAAAACAUCUAAGCGAGCGGUCAAAAAAACCAAGCUAGAGCGAAGCACAAAGAAUGAAGAGGAUGAGUUCGGAAUGGACGACUCAGAGGCAUUUACGUUCACGCACUCGCCUGGGUACAUUACGGGGACUCUUCGGCAUUAUCAAAUAGAAGGGCUGAACUGGCUUAUAAACAUGUACGAAAAGAAGAUUAAUUGCAUUCUGGCAGACGAAAUGGGUCUGGGAAAGACUCUCCAAACAAUUUCACUGCUUGGAUACUUGUACACUGCAAAGAAGAACAAGCUGCCAAAUCUUUUGAUAGUGCCAAAGUCAACUCUGCAGAAUUGGAAGAAUGAGUUUAAAAAGUUCAUGCCAGGGGUCAAGACCAUUAUCUUCCACUGCAGCCGGAAGGACAUCCGAACAAAAGCAAAAGAGCUGCAGGAGCUAGACUAUAUUGCAUGCAUUACUACAUAUGAGAUGUGCUUGGCUGGAAAGACACAGCUGCAGUCUGUGGAGUGGCAGUACAUUGUUAUUGAUGAGGCGCACAGAAUUAAAAAUGAGCAGACUGUUCUGAGCAAGGUGGUCCGCAUUAUUCCGUGCGCGCACAGGCUUCUGCUUACAGGUACUCCACUGCAGAAUAACAUUCACGAGCUGUGGGCUCUUCUGAACUUUCUUGCGCCGGAGGUGUUCUCUGAUGGGGAGGGCUUUGAUGCAUGGGUGGAGUCCUCUUCAAAUGACGUAGACAAUGAAACAGUAGAUAAGCUCAGAAACCUGCUUGGCUUAUUCAUCCUAAGAAGAGAGAAGGCGGACGUGGAAAAGUCCUUGCUUCCAAAGAAAAUCAUCAACCUGUACACUCCACUGACAGAGAUGCAAAGAACGUGGUACAAAAUGAUCCUGGAGAAAGACGCAGAGAAUCUGGUGAAUGAGGGGUCCAAGAUGCAGCUAAUGAACAUUGUGUGCCAGCUGCGGAAGUGCUGCAACCAUCCGUACCUAUUUGAUGGGGCUGAGCCAGGCCCUCCAUACACCACAGGAGAGCACAUUAUAGAUAACAGUGGGAAGAUGCUCAUUCUAGACAAGCUUCUGGUGCAUUUAAAGCAAAAGGGCAGCAGAGUUUUGAUUUUCAGUCAAAUGACGCGCAUGCUUGACAUCCUAGAGGACUACUGCAACCUGAGGCAGCAUGAAUACUGCAGGAUUGAUGGAAGCACAAGCACAGAAGACAGGUGUGAGGCAAUUGAGGAGUUUAACAAGCCAAACAGCGAGAUGUUCAUCUUUUUACUGAGUACCCGAGCAGGUGGUCUUGGAAUUAACCUAGCCACAGCAGAUGUGGUCAUAGUGUAUGACAACGACUGGAACCCACAGAUGGACCUGCAGGCGCAGGACAGGGCGCACAGAAUAGGGCAGAAGAAGCAGGUGUUCGUUUUUAACUUUCUGACAGAGAACACAAUAGAGGAGAAGAUACUGGAAAGAGCGAUGAAAAAGCUGAAGCUUGAUGAGAUCAUUGUGCAAAACCAAAAGAAAAAGGACAAUGCAAUAUCGCAGAAUGAGCUGCUGAGCAUUCUGGCAAGCGGAGUGGAUAAUGUUUUUGACACGGACAGCAAGCUAGAUCGAUCAAUUGAGGAGACCAUUCGGAUUGGCAUGGAGAAGACAGACCUGAUGAACUCAAAGAUCGAUGAGCAGGGAGUUUUGAAGGACCUAGGCGGAAAUGAGAUAAAGGCAUACGAGUGGGAGGGAGAAGACUAUAGCGUAAAAAGUGCAAAGCAAAAGCUGGCAAAGUACAUUGUAGAACCAGAGGGAGGAAGAACCCGCGGAAUUACGCAGGGCAUCCUUACCAAGAGAAAGUCAACUGGCAUUCGGCAGUUUAAUCUCCCAGACUACCAGUUCCAUCCACAGCGGCUGCAUCUCCUCCAGAAGAAAGAAAUAGAAAAGUUCCAGGCCACAGGAGACCCAGAGGACCUUCUAACACCAGCAGAGAAGGCAGAAAAAAAGACACUCUACGAGGAAGGGUUUAACAACUGGGCAAAGCGAGACUUCUGGAUAUAUGUAAAAGCAUGUGAGCGGUACGGAAGAGACAAUGUAAAAAAGAUCUCAGCCAGUCUCUCUGACAAGAGCGUAGAGGAGGUAGAGAAGUACGGAAAGGUCUUCUGGGCCAGAAUAGAUGAACUAGCAGACGCAGACAAAAUACGUCUACAAGUGCAGAAGGGCGAGCACAAGAUCAUGCGGUCUCUGAAGAUAAAGGAGUAUCUAAGAGAAAAGAUAAAGAAAGAAGGCGACAACUUUAAGAUUCCAUACCCAAUUAGCAAUAAGUCUAUUGGAUAUACAGAAGAGGCAGACAGAUUUAUUCUGCGGAUUCUGAACAAAAAGAUGGGCACACCAGAGUGCUACGACGAGCUAUGGAACAGAAUUCGUGAGGCAGAAGAGUUCAGCUUUGACUACUAUCUGAAGGUGCGCACACCGCAUGAUCUCCAGAAGAGGGCACAGUUUUUAUUCACUGGCCUACUAAAAGACAAAAAAGGAAGUCUUUCAUCAGACCAGUAA